GUCUAUACGUGUGUCUGUGUCUCUACGUGCCCCCUCCCAGGCCAGGAGGAGCAGCUGAUCCCCUACAGCCUGGUGCAGGCGGGGGCGUUCAAUACCUGUCCUCCAGAACCCAUCCCGGCCACCGAGAGGUGCCAGAAACACGUGUUUAUGCUGAACCCCUCGAUUCCAGACGACUCUCUGGGCAUCAGGCUGCAGUCCAUACAAGACAUCGUCAGCCAGGAUAAGCACUGUCUGCUGGAGCUCAGCCUGGCCAAUGUGCAGGGCCUGCUGAAGCAGGGAGUGUACCCAAUCGUCAUCCACAUCCAGCCCAAGAACAAGAAGUACGGGAGACUGAAGUAUGCAUCGCUGCCUCAGUCGCCUCACGCCAACCCUGACUCUAACUCUGACCCUAAACAUAUCAGAACACAAUGUCAUCGUUAAUGAGACAAACUUAACUGUUUAGACAUUCUGUGCAAGUCAGACGAUUUGAGGUUGAAACCGUGGAAGUUUAGUGUAGCGUUUAGGAUCUUUGAAUUGUUUGGUUUUUACCACAAUGUCUGCAGUCGACCUAUAGCCAACUUUGAGCAAGAUGUUUCCACUUUACCUGCUGUG